GUCUGACGAUGAUCAUCUCGUACAGCUGGGGGAGGGGCUGCAGAUUCGCUCGAGAUUUUUGUUCAGCGCAUCAAGGAGAGCCUGCGAAAUACCAAGACGCCCCAAAAGCAGAGCUUUGCAGCAUCAUGAUACGUGUGCGUGCAUACCUUGUAGUCGGGCUGAGGCAGCACGACCCCCUGGAAGAGAUCGGAGGUGAUGCCCUGGAAGAGGGGCAGAUCGUGGGACAAGAACUUGGCCAGGUUGACGUCGUUGAUAGCCCGCAGCAUCAGGAUGCUCUCGUCCUCGUUGGGGAACUUGCGCUUCAGAUUGCCCGCGGCAGUCAGGACGGACUUGACGGCCCUCAUCCCAUAGUCGUAGUGAUCCUGGGACGACAGCUGCUGGAGGAACUUGGGCACAUUGACGUCUCGCAAUGCACGCAGCAGCAGCUUCUCCUCGUCCAUGUCUGAAUCAACACACACAAAGAGACAUACAUACAAGAAAAUCAUUCGGUCUCAGGCCGUAUGCUAUGCGUGUCGUUGUGUGUCUCUCCAUCUGUCUGUCUGUCUGUCUGUGUGACCUUGGUCAGCUCGCUUGAGGAGGCCGGCAGCAUUGAUGACCGAUCGCAUAGCCCUCAUACCGUGGUAAUCGUAGUGAUCCUGUCGACAACCAGCCAGCCAUGGGAGGAGACCGACAGAGAGACUGUUGGCAUCGAUGUGCAUAUCCACCUGUGCGGAGAGCUGUUCGGACGACAGUUGGAAUGUGGCGACCAUCUUUCUGGCCAGAUCGCGGGCCUGAUCGAAUCCGAAUGAGUAGAGCAUGAUCUCUCCGAUGAGGGCAUAGUCGGGAACCAUCAUGGCCAUCGGUCUGAAGAGCGCCUUGAGGUUGUCGGGCAGCUCAGCGCGGCGGGUGUUGCCCCGGUUCAUCGUGAUGAACACGUUGAAAGUCGGGUACAUCCGGAUCACUGAACCCUCAAAAUCUACCUCCUGCACACACACACAUCCUGUCUGUCACGUGUGCAAUCGAUUCCUGGCCGUGAACAACUGCGUGCCUUGGAGUCGUUGAAUCCGGCGAGCUCCCCCUUUGCGCCGAAGAGGAUGAGCAGCUGCUGUGCAAUGACGGAGAGCACCUUGAUGCGAUUGAACUCAUCCAAGCAGCACCAUGCGCCCGAGGAGGCCAGGCCCUUGAAGAACUUGCCAACCAUGAUGUAGUCCAUCAUCUCAGAACAGUUGAACACCACACACUGCUUCGCCAGCGCCUUGGCCAGAUCCUUCGUUGUCUCCGUCUUGUCCGUACCAGCCGGGCCGGCCGGGGCGCCACCUGCACACACAGCCACACACAAAGGGAGGAGACACGGGGUGCAAUUGGUGUUAUGUGAGAGUGGGUUGUGCUACACAUGGACUGACCAAGGUUGAGCUGCUGUGCACCGAGCAGCGUCAUGUAGCACAUGUCGGCGUGUGGUGUGAUGACAAGUCGCAUGCUGUUGCCGAGGUACUCGUAUCCGUAAGGGAAGUUGGUCUGCACGCACUGGCACCAGCAGUCGUCGUUCUGCCAGUAGUAGCGCAGCUGGGCAAUCCACUCAAAGGCAGAGAUGUUGUCGAUCUUCUCCUUGACCAAAUUCUCCACCACGUCCUUGGCAUGCACGUCGAUGACGAUCAGCGCACCCACACUGAUCGAGUUCAUCUUGUUGAGGCCCGUGCGGACAAGUGCCACCAUAUCGAGGAGCUGACGGUUGAGGCCGUCCCAGUACUGCUUGACCGUCCCGUUCUGAAUGGCCUCCUCCACGUCGCUCGUCCAGUGCACCUGGCUCCCAUUCAGCACACACUGACCCGGAUGCACCAACACCCACUCGGCUCUGCAUCAGCCCACAGCAAAGCCGCAAGGCACAUGGUUAUCUUCCCACUCAAAUAAUGCGUUUAUCUGGGCAUCGAUCAAUCACCUUGGCUUUGUAGGGUAGUCGAGUAUAGAUUUGUACAGGACGUCUCUGACGGCCUUCUUCAUCUGUAUCUCAAUCUCGGUCAUCCAGGUCUCGACAUUCUUGUCCUUGGUGUAGAUGGUCUCCACGAAUGGCACCUUCUCGCCCUCGCCGCUGUACAUGGAAUCAGCCGAGUAGUCCUCGUGGAACUGAAGCUUGGCCAUACUCUCAAAGACCUUCUUCAGGAAACUGCACCGCACACAGUGAUUGAUGGGUUGGCGGCAUCGGCGGUCUGUGUCUGUCAUGAUUGUGUUGCUUACGGCUGGACGCGCGUUGGGUCUUUGGUCUGCGAGAGGAUCUCCAGCAGGUCGUCAUUGGACAGGAAGUAGAGGCGGGCAAACAGACUGCGCUUCGUCUCCAGGUAAUCAUCCAAACCUGCAUACAUGCGACAGACAAGACGGUUCUUCUACGGAGACGCGUCGUCGAUGGGUCUACAGCGCACCUUUCUGGACGAGCUCGAGGUUCUUAUUUGCAUCUUGGAAGUCCUCGAGCAGUCCCUCCCGUGCGCACAUCUCGAGUGCACCCGGAUUGUCGUGUGUCCGCUUCAUGGUGCUGCGCCACAUGUUGUCGACGGACUUGAAGCGUUUGCCCUCGGCCGGUAGCUGCUUCAUGAUGUCGGGUGAGUCGAAGAUGGGCUGCAGGUAGAGCCACGACCGCUGGCACUUGAGCCACUCGUCCAGUGUCUCGGAGACAGUCAAAAGCUUGGCGGCCCAUUCCUCUAUCUCCUCCUCGAAGGGCUUCUUGAACGGACUGAACUGCAU